AACGGUGUGCUCUUGGUUAGUUGGCACAAAAACCUGCAGCCACACCGGCCCUCCUGUGGACCAGUUUGACAUAUGUGCUCUACACUAUCGACUAUCGAUUUGCUGCAUAUACAAAAAAACUCAAGCUACAAUGAAAGCAAAAUGGAGGAAGAAGAAGGCAGGUCAACUUUCAUCUAACUAAAAAAUAUCAACUCAGGAAACACGACUGUACGGAUGUUAAAGAUAAACCAAAAAGAGGAACUGACAAACUCUCAGCUCGAGUUAAAUGGUCUUUUCAAUGAGGAUUUCAGCAUCCAGGAUCGUCAAAAUGAAGAUCUCCUCUCUCCUUCUUAUCAUCUCAUUGCUGACAGGUUGUGAGGCCAAAUCUGAAGUGAGGGGAUGCCAGGAAGGGUGGAUUGAAUUCACCUGCAAAUACCCAGAAACAAACAGAAAAUAUCAAACAGUUGACGUGGAUGUGAGGAAAACCAAAGGCAGCAUUUUCCUGUACUACGACACAAAAAACACAGAGCUCAAGGUGGCCAUCAAACAACUCAAACGUGAAGACUCAGGAAGCUACAAGUGUAAAUUUUACCAAAGACAGAAAUUAACCCAUGAAACAGAAGACCUAGAUUUGUUAGUUGAAAGUAUUGGAUGCCAGCAACCGUUUAUUCAAACUGCGUACAGAACAGCAAAAACCACCAUCAAAUGUGAUAAUCCACAAUACAAACACGGCAACAGGUCCAGUGUCAAGUUCUUCUGCAAAGAGAAUCACUCAGCCUGUGAGGAUAUUUUAUCUGCUCUAAAGUCAAACAGGAGAUUCAGUCUCACAGAAACCAGCAGUGGCUUCAGCAUGUCCAUCAGUAAUGUGUCCUCACAUGAUGCUGGGGUCUACUGGUGUGGAGUGGUGCAAAAUGAAGGACGAGCAGCACUCAGAAAAAUACAACUGAAGGUUGAACGUAUCACUAACUUCACAAGGCCUGCAACUAGUGGACAGGAUUUCACAUACUGGUGUAAAUAUCCCGAUGGUUCUCCAGUAAGUAAAUUCAUCUGUAAGGGAGAAGAUCCAUCUAUCUGUGAACCUCUAGCAAACACCGGAAACACACACAACAACACACGGUUUGUCAUGAAGGAGAACAAUCAGAAGACAAACAGCACCAUAACAGUGAGAAACGUAAGAGCAGAUGACGCUGGGACGUACUGGUGUGGAGCAAAAAACACUGACGGAAAACAGAGCAACCCCUUCUAUCACAGAUUCAACAUGACCGUAGUACCAGCACCCACAAUUCCAGGCAGCAAUUCUUCAACCCAGUCCCACCCAAGUCCACCUAUUUCAACAGAGAAUGUUGAACUUGCACACGACUCUCAGUUUGCCAUAACUGUGAUCGUCUGCGCAGCCGUGCUGCUGCUGCUGUUUACCAGUUUGAUCUUUAUCUACAAACGAUGUUCACAUUCAGAAAACACAGGAAGUGAAGCAGCAGCACAGCCCAUCAGAGAGGAUUACAUCUACGAGGAGAUACAGGAGAAAGUCCAGAAGCCAGACUCAGGAAUUGCAGUCAGUACAAUUUAUUCCACUGCCAACUCUCCAUCAGAUCCAUCUGCCUCACUGCAUUACUGUACCGUCAAGUUUAAAAACAGCUCUGAACAAACUGGUGAUCUUCACAGGAGCCUCUCAAACCAACAGUCAACAAGCCACAGUAACAGUGAGGAAAGUUCAGCAAUUUAUGACAUUCAUCAAAUGUAUGAGCAAGAUUUCAGCUGCAGACACAUAGUUGUACAUAGUUUGCCCAUCAGUUCCGUGGCUCCAGAGGUUCACGUAUGUGGUUUUGAGUGACAGAUGGUGAGUAAAUUUAGUUCUGACAUGUCUGUACACCUUAGGAAGAAUCUAUAUGAUGACUCUGAAUUUUCAUCUGGUGCCCCCAUCAGGUUUAAUAUGCCCAAGACUUCUACAGACCAAAUAUCUGCAGAACUUAUAACAUUCGCAUCACCCAAAAACAGCAAAAGUAAAAGUCUUACUGAAAUGUGUUGUUCUUGAUACUGUGAUUUGCUGGCGCAAUUGUCUCCUCAUUCAUCUAAUUAAGUCUACUGUUUGCAGGUUUUGAUUUAUUUUUAUUUUGAUGCUAUCUCAUGGUAGUAUAAAGACUGACGCUGUGGGAGACACCAACGUAUGCCAUUCCCUUUCCACCAGGAUGUCUCUUUCAUCUUUCAUCUGCAAUUAUCAGUCAUCACUUUUCUCUUGAAUAUCCACAUGUUUUGCUGUAUGACUUGGUUGUGUUUCCUCUGAAAACCACAGCUUUUUUUCAUCAGAACCUAAAUGUAGUUUUGUGCUGGCCACACAACUGUUUCCAUCUUUUUUGUCAUUACCAGCUCUUCCAUAUCUGUACACAAUUUCUACAGCACUUGAGUCACUUCCUGUGUCAGGGUUACACCAGACACUCACGUUAAUCACACUGCUCAACACCGUCUCAACUUGGACAUACAAAGGAUGCCACCCAACCAGAUGCUGACGAAACUAACCAGCUGCUUGUCAUGCUGCAGUUACCCCGUUUGUUUUGUAUCCAUUUCCAUCCUGUUUUUUCUACAAUGGCAAUGUCCAAAAAACGUUUCAGUCAAGUCAACAGGAAACGAUUUUUAAGUUAACUAUAAAGUUUUAGUCAAAUAUCAUAGCUUUUAUACGCUUAUCUGAAAUCCAAUUGAAAGAUGUACCAGAUCCAAAUCCAAAUCCUGGAGCAGCUCGACUCCUCCACAAUGCAGCGGCAGUGAUUCCCUUGCCAGAAAUCUAACAAGAAAAUAAUGAGUAAAUUAUCUAAAAAUACAAAGAAAUGUUUUCACUGUACUGCCUCUGAAUUGCAUUUCUAAAAUGUGCAUAAAAAUACCAAGGCUAAAAUGAGAAGUGUUACUGAUUAAGUCAAGUAUAUUUCAUAAAGGCAGCAGGUAUCGUAUCAUUCAGCAGUAAAAAUAAGAAGAGCAGCGUAAUGCAGUCACGCUAAUCUGAGUAUACUAAUAUAAAAUAUUCAUCCGUAUCUGUCAUCAAGACUGUACCUCAUCUGUGUUUUAGUCUGUUGUGUAUUCUGGUACAGCUACUCAACAAUUAAAUUUUAACAGAUAGGGUAUCAAGUAAUACACCGUUAAUUAUUAUAUAUCAAGCACAACACUAUCAAGGCACUUGACCCCCCAAUAUGCUCCCUGGGCGCUUGAUGCUGCCCACUGCUCCUGUGUGUGUUUCACUGCAUGUAAUUUGCUGGGUGUUGCAUGUGUGUGUUCAACUAAGGAUGGGUCAAAUGCAGAAGACGAAUACAGUGUGUGUGCAAAAAAUAUAUAUACUGUCAAUAAAGUGAUUAUGUGGUCGCUACGAGAUUGAGGCGGUGUGGACCGCGUCGACAAAAGGCGCCGCUGCGUCGGUAAAGAGACGAUAAUUAACUUUGCGUAAACAUGGCAUGUUCUGCUUAAAAAGUUUCACUUCAGCCAAUUAAAAAUAUCAAAUUUAUUAUGUUUCUAUGUUUUAGUUAUACACAUCACUU